AUGGCUAUUGGAGACUUUAAUGAAAUCAAGAACAACUCUGAGAAAAGGGGAGGUCCACCAAGGCCUGAAAGCACUUUUUCUGACUUCAGGAAAAUGUUACAAGUUUGUGAUUUUCACGAUUUAAAGCAUACAUGGGAUCCUUUCUCCUGGGUUGGUAAGAGCUUCACAAACAGAGUUUUUAGAACUGACCACAUACCGGUUGUCACUACAAUAUCGAAUGAUUUCUCACUUCGCAGGGGUCAUUUCUUUUUUGAUUCAAGAUUAGUAAACAGAGAAGGAUUCAGUAAUGCAGUCAAUAAAGGAUGGACAACUAGACGAGCUGGUCAAGCUAUGUGCCUAAGUAAUCGUUUGAGUGAAUGCAGAAGGUCCAUCUCCAUUUGGAAAAAAGCUAAUAGAUCUAAUGCUCAGGAAGAAAUAGGAAUAUUGAAGAAGCUAAUUGAUCAAGCACAUUCGAAUGGUUCAAGUACACAUCAAAUAAGAGAUCUCCGUCAGAAAUUGAGCAAUGCUUAUCAUAGUGAAGAGGAGUUUUGGAGAAUUAAAAGCCGCAAGACCUGGUUGUCAAGUGGUGACUAUAACACAAAGUAUUUCUUUGCUAUUGCAAAAUCUCAUACAGCUCGGAAUAAAUUAUAUUCUAUAUUGGAUGAUGUGAGACGGGAGCAUUAUGGUGACAAUCAGAUAGGCAAAGUUGCAGAGUUUUAA